UGCCCUAGAAAUAAACACCUUGGUAUUAUACCAAAGACAACUUCAUCUUUCACUUAAAGUUCAAAGGGUAUUCUACCUUAUCUCUCCCCACUCUAGAAAUAAAGAAGAAGAAAAAUGUCGACCCUCGGACGUACAUUGAAGAACUUAAUCAAGAUUGGCCCUGCCAAUUACCUCAAGCAAAUGAACACAAUUGGUGACACCAAGUGGGGUCGUCUUGUGGGUACUGAUGUUAACGGCAACAAGUACUUUGAGAAUCUCGAUGAAGUUUCUGGUCGUGAACGUUGGGUUGAAUAUGCUAGUGAUCAACCUGAUCCCGAAGAUAUCACUCCCGAAUGGCACGGCUGGUUGACUCGCGCUUUCCAGGAACCUCCUACUGAGUGGAAUGUUCAGCCCAAGAAGUUCUGGGGAGAGCCAAUUCCCAACUUCACUGGUACUCCCAAGGCCUACAAAGUCUACAACACCACUGUUUCUAAACUCCACGCAUGGGAGCCUGUGACCAAGCAGAGAGUUUAAACAAUUGAUAUUUAAAAGAAAAAAUAUAAAAUAAAAAUAAAAGGAAACAAACUGGAAGAUAUAAUAUAAUAUAUUAUACUAUACUAUACUCU